CAUUCAUUUGACAAUUUUGAUAAUCAUAUGAUCAAUCGACACCCGAAUUUUAUUUCGAGUUCCAGCAAGGCGUAGUCCAGAGAAGUCCUAGAAGAAAAUAAGUUGUAUUAAUUCUUUUCUUUGAUUAACCGCAAGAAAUCAUCCACCAUGGCUCUCAGCGACGCAGAUGUACAAAAACAAAUCAAACAUAUGAUGGCUUUCAUCGAGCAAGAAGCCAACGAAAAGGCUGAAGAAAUCGAUGCCAAGGCUGAGGAAGAAUUCAACAUUGAAAAGGGGCGUUUGGUUCAACAGCAGAGACUUAAAAUUAUGGAAUACUAUGAAAAGAAGGAGAAACAAGUAGAACUACAAAAGAAAAUUCAAUCAUCCAAUAUGUUGAAUCAAGCUCGUUUGAAGGUAUUGAAAGUCAGGGAGGAUCAUGUAAGGGCAGUUUUAGAGGAUGCCCGCAAAAGAUUGGGUGAAGUAACUAGCGAUCAAGGCCGCUACGCUCAAAUCAUUGAGUCUUUGAUUCUACAAGCUUUAUACCAGCUUUUUGAGAGUAACAUUGUUGUACGUGUCAGACCACAAGACAGAGACCUUAUUAAAUCUGUCCUCCCCAAUGUUUCCACCAAAUACAAGGAUGUGACUGGCAAAGAAGUCAACCUUGUCAUUGACAACGAAGUGCAACUCUCCCAAGAAACCACAGGAGGAAUUGAACUGUAUGCCCACCACAAUAAGAUCAAGAUCAACAACACUUUAGAAGCUCGACUGGAACUGAUUUCUCAGCAGCUCGUUCCCCAGAUUCGUACGGCCUUGUUCGGACGUAACGUAAACCGUAAAUUUACUGAUUAACUUUGUAUUAUAUCGCCAUCCAGGUAUUAUUCGAGCAAAACAAUAAUAUAUUUAAAGUUAAGAUUUUCCAAAACUCCUUUUUUGAUUCCAAAAUGCAUUUUAUCAUUUUACUUUAGAGGUAAAUACGUUUUUGUGUUGUAUAUAGUUAAAAAAACAUUGUUGAAUUUUAUGCCAACUGUAGAAAGUAUUAUAGUGAAUUGAAAUCGAUAGAUUCAUCUAUUUCUUAGUUUGUGGUUUACAUUGCACUUUCCUGUAUUGUAUGUUAUGAAAAUAUAUAUGUUAAUAAAC